UUGCUCCCCAACUUGCACUCAAGAUCAACAAAGAUGCGAACGUUCGCGCUUGAAGUGAUUCUGCUACCGCGGACUCUGCUGACAGCAUGCCUGUGGUCAUUUGGUUCGGGCCAGAUUCUGCAACCAGCAGUCAGCAUCCUCUACCCGCAGCUCCUCAGUACACAGUUUAUUCAAUGCAAAUGCGUCAAUAUUGCCUGCGAGUCAGUCUUCUGGUUCCGCACUAUUUUCAACCAAAAUAAAGUUCAGUUUCUGGGCAGGUUAAACAAUGCCAAUCGUGUAGUUUACGGAAACAAUACGGAAGUUAGUCGCUUCCAAUUGACAAAAAAGAGCAGUGAGGCCUUCAUACUGCAAAUCAUCAAUGUGACAGAAGAGGACACCGGAACAUAUUCUUGUAUUUUAAAGGACAGGAAAAAUGAAGAACUAUGGCAGCCUGGCUUUCUUCUUCUCCCUGGAGAACGGCUCCCGACUAAACCUCCUGAAUCAACACUCCAACUUAACUGUGGCUGCACUGACACUUUAGCAGGUGAUUGUGACUCACUCAUCUUGUGGUCAUUGGGCGGACUUGCCGCAGUCCUGGUGACAACACUCGUCUGCAGCCUGUACUACUUCAGCCGACUUCCCAAAAAAUGUCAGCACCAUUUUGUGAAGCGAAGGAAAAAGACAAGUGCUCAAUAAACAACAUACCUGCCAAAUAUCGGAAGUGUCACACUUUGCAAGCGUUUUAACGACUGGAGGAGCACAAAAGGAUUGAAUCCAAUAACUAAAGAUUCUGAUAUGACAGACGUGCAGGAUAAAGCUCCAGGGAUCGUUGAUAAGCACUUGACUUAAUAUCUCAUUUAUAAUAUAUACAGUAUAUUUUGUACUUUUUUUUUGUUUGAAUCUGUCAAAUCAUGUUUGUAGUUUAGCAGAUAUUUGAAGCACAACUUAGAUCUUUUUUUCAUUAAC